AUGAAGCUUGGAAUCAGAUGGGAACAAUGCGCUCUGAUGAACUCGGUGGCUGCCCACACACCCACACCCGGCAAAAAGGCUCUUGCAAACCCCCACCUUGCGCAUGUAAGAAUGGGUAGCAUCCGUCCCCCAUUCGCCAAAGUCGAAGCAUCACGGCCCGAUUUCGACCAUUCGGCCCCGCUCACUUUCACCAAAUCCCCCAAUCCCCAUUGGAAACAAGGACAAGGAGGAAAUGAUAACCAAGCCAGUCUCGAGAAGAACCAUGUUGAAAUCGACCCCUACGAAACGGGCCGGUCACCCAACCUCAAUUACAAACUCAUGAUCUCGGCCGUCGUACCUCGACUAAUUGGUCUAUUAAGCACGAGAUCGAAGGACGGGCAGACUGUAAACCUUGCCCCCUUCAGCUUUACGCAGAUGGUCAACUUUGAUCCUCCUAUUAUCGUCGUGGGAAUUACAGGGGAACCAAAUCCACCAAAGGAUUCUCUCCGCAACAUCCUAGAAACAGGCGAGUGCGUUGUCAACACAGUCAGCGAACAUCACCUCGAAGCUGUCAAUCACUGCUCUAUUAACGUGCCACAUGGCGUGUCCGAAUUCGAACUGUCAGGACUGCACACCGCGCCGUGCACAACUGUCAAGGCUCCCCGAGUCAAGGAGUCGAUAUUCUCGAUUGAGGCGAAACUUGUGGAGACGAAGGAGUGGGAGAGCCGGGCGAACCCAGGGAAGAAGAGCGGCGUGAUGGUGAUAUUAGAGGGUACAAGAUUUUGGGCGCGAGAGGAUGCGAUAAAUGACGAGCGGAGCCUUCUCGAUCCUACUAUUUUACGACCUGUUGCCCGCCUUGGUGGGAUAUCAUACAUGAGAGCGACGACUAUAAUGGAGAUUCCACGACCUUCAGUAGACCAGGCAACUCCAGCAUCGGCUACUAGCAGUUAUCCGCCGCGUAUAUAG